AUGGGUAACAAGAUAACCAAACACAUGUACGAAUACAUGAACAGUCCGACAUCAAGUGAUGACGCUGGAUUUGAAUCCCAAGAGGAUGAAAAUCAUGUGGAAAGUAGUACAUCAAGUGCUUCUGAAGAAAAUUAUCAUCCUGAAGAUGUAAGUAGUUGUUGUAGUUUUGUUCAGUGUUAGCAGCUUCAUGGUUAGUAAGUUGUUUGUUUUGCUAGUACAAACUAUUAAUUUCUUCUUUUAUUCCGUUGGCAUGCAGCUUGUACAAAUUCAUGGACGAGAUUUGCCACUACUUUGGGAACAAGAUCCAAAUAACCCUGAACCUGUCAUUCAUCCGCCAACGGCAUCAGUCUGCGAUUACAAUAUUCGUGAGACUGAUUCUGAUGAUGGAAAUUAUUAUCCCCAAGAUGUAAGUACUUGUUGUGGUGUUGUUUAACUGGCAGCUUCGUGGUUGGUAAGUGGUUUGUUUUGCUUGUACAAACUGUAAGUUUUUGUUGUUUGGUUUCAAUUUGCAGCACGAUUACCUGGUAAGUCAGAUCAACCAAUCCAUGAUUCAUCAAGAAAAUGAAAGUAGCACAUCAAGUGAGACUGAUUCGGAUGGUGGUGGGGGUGAUUCUGAUGAAACUGGUGACGAAAAUCAUCCACAAGCUGUAAGGAUUUGUUACAGUGCUCUUUCGUUUGCGUUUUGAUAGUUAAAUUGUUUGUUUUGCUUGAAGUAUUCUCCUCCAUUUGCAGAUUGUACAAAUUCGGAGCCCUAAAACCCCUGAAGCUAUCAGUCAACCCACAAUUGCACCUGUUUCUAAUGUAAAUGGUGGUCAAUUUCAAGAAGAUGCUCAAAUUGUGAAUCAACAGUCAGUACAGGGUAAUACAAAUCAGCUACCAUUGCAAGAGAGUGAAGCACAGCCACAGGUGGUUGGUGUAAAUCCUGUUUUGGGAAUGGAAUUAGGUGCAGUGAUUGUCCUUGAUGAUGAAAAUGUACAAGACGUGGUAUUGGUGACGACAGUUCAAACCACACCAGCGAUUCUGGAGGAAGUUUAA